UUUUAUGUUACAAAAUUUUUUAAAACACCAACAAACAUACACAAAUUGGAAAACAUCACAAAAACAAAACAACAACAAAAUAUUACUGCAAAGAAGGAAAAUACUCAACGAAAACCAAACACACAACAAUAAAAGCACUAUGGAAAACUUGAACUGAACUUGCCACAGAAUCUAACUACAACCAGCGAGAAGAAGAAGAAGAAUAAACUAACCCACACACACAUACAAACAGAAUAGCUGCAACUCAGCCGCAACAUUAAAAGAAAAAACAAACUACAAUUGAGAAAAAUGGAGUCCAAAAUGAUCAUGAAGAUCACAUUGAUCACGAUGAUGAGCAUUUUGCUGGCAGUGAGUGAAAUUGAGGCUCUGGCCAAUUGCCCAGCUGGUUGUCAGUGCGAUGACAACACUUUAGUGGUGCAAUGUGGUGAAGGGCAACUGGAUGUGUUGCCAAUUGCAUUGAAUCCAUCCAUUCAGCGUUUGGUCAUCAAGAGCAAUAAGAUCAAGACCAUCGAUUCAUCCAUACAAUUCUAUGCAGAGCUGACUUUCUUGGAUUUGUCCUCGAAUCAUUUGAUGACCAUACCACAGCGGACAUUUGCAUAUCAGAAGAAAUUGCAAGAGGUUCAUUUGAAUCACAACAAGAUCGGUCAGAUUAGUAAUAAGACCCUGAUCGGUCUGUCAGCGGUGACAGUUCUCAAUUUGCGUGGCAAUCAAAUUUCCGAACUGCAUCAGGGCACAUUUUCACCCCUGUUGAAGAUCGAAGAAUUGAAUUUGGGUGAGAAUCGUAUUGGUUUCAUUGAUCCCAAGGCAUUUGAGGGAUUGAGCUCGUUGAGAAUCCUCUAUUUGGAUGAUAAUGCUCUGACUUCGGUGCCCGAUCCAGUCAUAUUCCAGGCUAUGCCCAGUUUGGCUGAAUUGUUUUUGGGAAUGAACUCGUUGCUGACUAUCCAGAGUGGUGCUUUCCAGGACUUGAAGGGUCUGACACGUCUGGAACUGAAGGGAGCUAGCUUGAGAAAUAUCUCGCAUGAUAGUUUCCAGGGAUUGGAAGAGUUGCGCAUUCUUGAUCUGUCCGAUAAUCGUUUGGCCCGCAUUCCCUCGGUGGGUCUCAGUCAUCUGGUGCGCCUGGAGCAAUUGUCAUUGGGACAAAACGAUUUCGAAGUCAUCAGCGAAGGUGCCUUUGUGGGUUUGAAGCAAUUGAAGCGACUGGACAUCAAUGGAGCCCUGAAACUGAAGCGUGUGAUGACUGGCGCCUUUGCCAGCAAUGGCAAUCUGGAGUACUUGAAUCUGUCGUCCAACAAAAUGCUCGUAGAAGUCCAAGAAGGUUCGCUCAGUGGUCUGCCCCAUUUGCGUCAUGUGGUUAUGAAGGCUAAUGCUUUGACCUCAUUGGCUGAGGGUUUGUUCCCCUGGAAGGAUUUGACUACUCUGGAUUUGUCCGAGAAUCCACUAUCAUGCGAUUGCCGUGUGAUGUGGCUAAGGAAUCUGCUGUUGGCCAAGAAUACCACUCAGGAUGGCGAAGUUGCUGAACUGAUGUGCGAAUUUCCCGAACGUCUGCGUGGUGAGGCUCUCAAACAUUUGAAUCCCACCCUGAUGGGUUGCACCCACACCGAUCCCAGGAAACAGGCAUUGAUUGGUGCCCUCUUGGUGGGUUCGGCGGCCACCAUUACAGCUCUGGCUUUGGUCCUGUAUCGUUGCCGUCAUAAGAUCCGUGAAUAUCUGAAGGGUGGCCUGUGGGGUAAUUCCGCUUUGGGCCGCAAGGAACGUGAAUACCAGAAGACCUUCUGCGAUGAGGACUAUAUGUCGCGCCAUCAGCAUCAUCCAUGCUCUUUGGGCAUUCAUUCAACGUUUCCCAACACCUACACGGCCCCACAUCAUCCAAUGACUAACGUCAAUCACCAUUAUGGCAUGUGUCCCAUGCCCAUAAAUGACUUGAAUGGCAUGGAUCAGCAACAGCAGCAGCAGCAGCAGCAACAACAGCAGCAGCAGCAACAAAAGUUCCAACAGCUACAAGUGCCCACAACUGCCACAUUGAUGAAUGAGAAGAAAUUGAACAAUAACAAGAAUCUCGCCAGCCAGCUGGGGGCCAUCGAUGACAGUGCCAAUUUUGUGCUCCAUAUGAAAUCGGCAACCAUGUCGCGGGACCAUCAUCAGAUGAUGAGCCAUGCCCAGCAGCAACAGCAGCCCGGUAAACUCAAUCAUUAUACCAAACCGCAAUUUCUAUCGGCCACAGCGGCAGUGGGUGACUCUUGUUAUUCCUAUGCUGAUGUGCCCAUGGUACAUGGCUCAGUUCAUCAUCAGCAGCAACAACAGCAGCAGCAACAACAACAGCAACAACAACAGCAGGCACAGCUACGUCUUACCCAAGAGCAUUUCAAGCAACAUUAUGACAAUGAUGUGAAUAGCGAAAUUGUUGAUCCCAAUUAUAUAUAUAGUAAUGCACACUAUUCCAUGCCAUUGGAGCAAUUGGGACGCAGCAAGACACCGACACCGCCGCCAGUGCCACCAGCAUUGCCCCUGAGAAAUGGUUUUAAUGCCGCCACCACUGGACGUCGGUCGUUUCAACAAAAGUCGAGUUCGGCAGCCGCUGCAGUAGCUACAUCAAAUAAUAAUACAAUGCGACAAUUUAGCCACUGAUCUUCAACCUAUCGACGACGGAAUCUAAGCAUAUAUGCUUAGAUUCGCUUAACACUGUGAUGCCAAACAAUUUCCCCGCACUCCCACCCUACUUACACACACACACACAGAGACACACACACACACAAACUGUCGGAUGGGUUCUAGGAAAGGAGGUGGAGAUAUAAGCAAACAAAUAUAAAAAACAAAAAGAUUUUUUUUUUUUUUUUUCAACAAUUCAUAAAAUUAGUCUAAGCAUAUGAAUAUAUAGAUAUAGAUAUUUAACUUCAAUUUGUAUAUAUAACUGACUUAAUGAUGAUCUCUUUCAUAACUUUCUAACUCGGCACUAUCUCUCUCACUCUCCCUCUUGUCUCUUUUCCCCCAUCACACUGUCUCUCUUUCUCGUUCUCCACUGUACCUAUUUAACUAUGUAAGUUAUUCAUUUAGGCGAAUAAGAGAAAAAAAACUGAAGAAAAGAUAAAAAACUACAACUAU